UCUCUGCGUGCAACUCACUCGUACGCCGUCUGCACCAACUGAGAGAGGCCUCCUUCUGACGAUCUUCCCUCUCCUGGCCUCUACAGCCUAUUCGGUCUACCUGGAUAUUCGGGAAGGAACAGGCUGUACACCAUUCGACCACUAUGGCAUCGCCUACUCGCAACUAUUAUACUUCUCCAGCAACGGACCCCGCUGAGAUAGCUCGCUCUAGGCAAAACUCAGAUGUGAUGGAGAUUUACGGCAUCACAGACCGCGAAAAUCUAGAGCAUAGUGCCGCCGAUAGUGAUGCUGCCAACCGCAAUGGGUCUCCGAGCAUGAGUAGUACUUUCAGCAAGCUCUCACAGAAUUACCCCCCCUAUGAAGAAAAUGGCAGAAUGUAUCAUGGUUUCCGGAAAGGAGUCUACAUGUUACCAUGCGAUGAGCAGGAGCAGGACCGCCUCGACAUCUUCCACAAGCUGUUCACGGAAGCGCGAAAGUCGGACGGUCUGAUUUACGCCCCGCACCCGCCGAAUGGACGGUUUUUAGACCUGGGCUGCGGAACGGGUAUCUGGGCCAUUGAUGUGGCACAUAAGUAUCCAAAGGCCCAUGUGGUUGGAGUUGACCUUGCGCAAAUACAGCCUGACAAUCACCCUGAAAACUGUCAUUUCUUUGCACCAUUCGAUUUUGAGAGUCCCUGGGCCAUGGGUGAGGAUUCCUGGGACCUAAUUCAUCUGCAAAUGGGCUGUGGCAGCGUUGUGGGCUGGCCAAACCUCUAUCAGAAGAUCUUCGCCCACCUUGCACCGGGCGCUUGGUUCGAGCAGGUGGAGAUCGAUUUUGAACCACGCUGCAACAACCGUCCUUUGGAGAAAUUGGCUAUGUGGCACUGGUAUCAAUACCUGAAGCAAGCAACACAGGAUACGAUGCGUCCAAUCGCACACAAUUCUCACGAGACAAUUAAGCAACUCGAGGAAGCCGGUUUUACGCAAAUCAACCAUCAAAUCGUGGGCCUACCGCUAAACCCUUGGAUCCCUGAUAAGCACGAGAGCAAGGUCGCCCGGUGGUACAAUCUGGCAAUCUCGGAGAGUAUUGAGUCUCUCAGUCUGGCACCAUUCAGCCGUGUCUUUCAAUGGCCGGUGGAAAAGAUCAGGCGCAUCUCCGAGGAGGUGAAAUCCGAAGCCUUUAACCCAGACAUCCAUGCUUGGAACCUCUUACAUAUCUACCAAGCGCGAAAGCCCCUCCCCAAUUGACAUUGCUGUGUUGAUGGCCAAUGCAGGACUGGCUCAAAUAACGUACGCCGAUCUUGAAUCUUGCGUGCGGUUCUCGACAUGGACGGCGGUGUAUGACACCGCCUACGGCAUCUCUGUUCUCUGCUCCUUUGCGGGGUGUUGUAGUAGAGUCAUGUAUUGGCCCGUCCUUUCCCUGCAUCUCCCGGCCUG